AUGGAGAGUGGGGCAAAGGGUUGCGAGGUUAUUGUGAGUGGAAAGCUCCGAGCUCAGCGUGCCAAGUCUAUGAAAUUCAAGGAUGGGUACAUGAUAUCCUCUGGUCAACCUGUCAAUGAAUAUAUUGACUCUGCUGUGAGGCAUGUUCUUCUAAGACAGGGUGUGCUUGGUAUCAAGGUCAAGAUCAUGCUUGACUGGGACCCUAAAGGCAAGGUGGGUCCAAUGACACCGUUGCCUGAUUUGGUCACUAUCCAUCCUCCCAAAGAAGAAGAGUAUAUUCCAACACCAGUGAUGACAGCCAAUAUUGAGAUUCCAGUUACAUAA